AUGGCGCCGAUCGUUGCGUUGAAAAGCGACGCUCGUGUCGAUACAUAUGAAGAACUAACCUCGAAGAGAACUCACAUCCGGGCGAGAGUAACCGUUCACUGCAAGACAGUGGCGGAGUGGAAAAAGUCAACCAAUGACCCAUCGAUGGAAGACAUCCUGUUCGAGGAUCGAACGCUGUCUGAUCUCCAGGGUCGACUAAACCAUCUCAACGAGCUGAUAAGUGCGCUCAUGAAGACCCCACAGACAGCGGAUGAGCAGAAGCAGCGUGACGAGUGGAACGAGAGGUGCAUCGAGUACGAAGAAAAAACAUCUCGGGCUCUCAGUGUGGUGGAAGUCUUCAGAGAGAGAAUCAGGGCCAGGGAGCGUGGAAGAGCGGCUAGUAUGGCGAACUCGUCGACGACCGAGGGCUCGGCGCAAAUGGUGCUCACCAAAGACAUUGUCGUGAAGAAGGAGAAGAAAAUUCCGAGUUUCUCUGGCGAUGCCAAAAAGUUCCAAGAGUGGUACGGACUAUUCGAGUCAGCCGUCAGUGAUCGUGUCAACAAACUUGAUAAGUUCGAGAAACUGAAAAGUUGUCUGUCCGGGAACGCGUUGAAGGCCAUCGCUCAUCUACAACUGAAGGAGGAACUCUACGACACAGCGCUGUCAAUCAUCAAGGAAGAAUACGGAAGUGUGUUUUCGGCACAGUACGCGUACGCCGCUGAUAUCAUCAAGACCUGCUCAACGAAGAACUUCAGGAUCCCAGAUAAGUGGCACGUAGUGGUUCCGUCUCUAUCACAAAGCAUCAAAGCUCUUCAAUCUUCUCUCGAGGGUGGUUUCGCUGGGGCCGCGAUCAUGAUUUUGCCAAUGGUCUUGGAUAACCUACCGAGCUCAGUCAGGGAUUCGUUUCUCCGAGUUCACGAGGUGUCGGAGACCGACGAGGCGGUUAAACAGUUGGAAGCUCUCCUCAAGUUUCUAGCAAAGAGAGUAGGAUCAGGAGAUCACUCAUGCAUCUUCUGUAAUCUAAAUAAUCACUCGUCUGCCAAGUGUAAGAAAGUCUUGACUAACUACGAGAGGGCAGACACCGUGCGGAAUGCAAACGCGUGCGCGAAGUGCCUCCGGAGGAAUCACACAGCUGCAAAAUGCAGGAUAAAGACUAAGUGCAAGCACUGCAGCGGUGCGCACCAUUCGUUGCUCUGCGUAAAAGAGUGUAGUUCGAACGAUGGUCAGACGUCAACGAUGAUGAAUGUCACCGUAUUGGCAACCGGAACGGUCGCUCCCGAACCAGAAGGUAUCGCCAAUGUGACGCACCGGAUUUCAAAAAGUUCCAACCUCGCUACUGGCUACGCCAAUGUCGUCACGGAGAAGGGAUUCCGUCUGCGUAGAUUAAUGAUAGACAGCGGAAGUCAAAGGUCGUACGUAACGAACCGCUUAGCGAAAGCUCUCAAAGCUACAGUGGUCAAUAGGGAGCAACUCAUCAAUCACACGCUCGGUGGACGAGCGUCAGAAGUUAGGGAAUAUCUGUGUUAUAGGAUCAAUCUCACGAGCAGAUUUGCUCCUCAAGAAUCCAUUCCCGUCGAAUGCCUUGGCAUUCCAGUGAUCACGGACUCAAUCUUCCCUCCAGCUGAGCGGCUGGGCGGAAUCAGCGAAUUCGCAGAUCUCGUUGAGGAUCCCGAAUUCAAGGAGAUUGACAUCCUCCUCGGCACAGAUGACCUGGGUCAAAUAUGGCUCAACGAGUCGCGGUCGGAGGGACGGCUGAUGGCACUGAAACAAGACUCGGUGGUUCGACCUUCGGAGAAAGGCGCCGCUCAACUGAGCUACUUGGGGUCGAACCGCCAGCAGAAACGAAACUGCAGCAGAGAUGCAAGCCUGGAUGAGUUGUUCAAGGCAAACAUCUCGAGGAACAAAGAUGGGAGAUAUCGACUUAAGCUCAUCUUCAACGAAAAUCUCCAGUCGCUAGGCGACAAUGAAAAGAUUGCUAUCAACAGAUUGAACUCGCUCAUUUCGCGGAGUUCCAAAGAAGUUCUCGAGGCGAUCGACGAAGAGAUGGAGAAAUACAUCAAGGAGGGCUAUGCCGAGCUGGCUCCGAAACGGAAGCCGGGAGAAUUCGUGCAUUAUCUACCACUCCAGGUGGUCAAGAAACCCGACCAAGGGUCACCUAGGGGCUUCAAGUUGAGGAUUGUCAAGGAUGCAGGUUGUCGUUCGAAGGAUCUGGCUUCAUUAAACGACGUUCUGAUAACAGGAUACAACCUACUCCAGAACAUUCUCCUCGUGCUCACGAAAUUUCGAGAGUCUCCCAUUGCCGUCGUGGCGGAUGUGGAGAAAGCAUAUCAUCAGUUUGAAAUCGAUCGAUCACACCGAACGUUCCUCAGAUACUACUAUCGGCCCGGAGUCUCAAGAAACGCCGGAGCUCCUAUCAAGGAGUUCUGGUCGAAAAGAUUGGAUUUCGGGACUUCCGCUAGCCCAUGGUUAUACCAAGCAGGCCUCAAAUUCCAUCUGGAUGGCGAGAAGACUCGUCGGCCGUCUGAGACUGAGUUCAUCAAUGAGCUGCAGUUCUCAUGUUACAUGGAUGAUUUGAGUUUCGGUAGUGUUAACCAAGAGACAGCAUUAACAAAGAUACAACGAUGCGUCGAAAUUUUCCGAAGCGGGCACUUCCCGCUGAAGAAAUGGGCUACCAAUUCGGAAGAAGUGGCGGAAGGAAUGAGGCAAGCGUUCUCCGAUGAGACAGUGUCGAUUCGGAGCGCCGAACCAGACUUUCGAUUCCUGGGGAUACGCUGGUGUCAGGUUACGGACGCACUUGGUGUUUUCGUAACCAACGCCAACAGAUGUUUCAACGAUGCGAAACCGAGCAAGCGUUCGCUGCUCUCAGGGUUGGCUCAAAUCUACGAUCCUCUCGGAAUAAUCUGUCCGAUUUCGAUACAUGCCAGAGUGCUGUUUCAAAUGAUGUGGCAGGACAAAGUUCAAUGGGACGAUCGUCUCAACGCAAAACAUCGUGAGCUCUACGGAGAGUUCGUUCGGCAGCUCAAGUCUGCGGAUCGAAUCCUCGUUAGCCGAACAAACGCGAGGAUCGACAGACUCCCCAGGCGGACAGAAAUCCACGCGUUCUCUGAUGCGUCGAAAGUCGCUUACGGGGCGGUCAUAUAUCUCAAGGAGUUCUUCCAGGACGGCGAUCCGGAAAUCAAGUUCCUCAUGGCGAAAGCGAAGGUUGCGCCGAACAAGGCCAAUUGGAAUAUCCAUCGUUUGGAGCUGAUGGCAGCUCUAGUCAGCUGUCGCCUGGUUGAGAAGCUCAGACCGGCACUCGGAAACACAGUCAAAAGGAUCACCGAGAUCCAGAGGUUCUCAACGCCGGAUCAGUGGCGCUAUGUGGCCACGAAGUCCAACCCGGCUGAUUUGCUCAGCAGAGGCAACUCACUGGAGUCGAGGGAAAGUGUCGAGUUCUGGUUGAAUGGACCUUCGUGGCUAAAAGAGCAAAAGUUGCCGGACCCGAUCCGCAUUGGCAAAGAAGAAUUCGCGGAGGCAAUAGCAGAGGCAAAGCAUGGCAACGUCGCAGAAACAGACAUCCUGCAUGUCACGGCUUUGCCAAAGGUGUCGUCGUCUCUGCUCAAGGAGAAGCACUUUUCAUCGUGGCCGAAAGCGGUGAGAUCGCUGGCUUACGUCAGGAGGGUUUUCCAGAAAGCUCGCAAGAGGGAUUUGUCUAUGGACAUUCCCGUUCAGGUCGAGGAAUAUCUUGACGCAGAGAGAGCACUUAUAAGGAAUCUACAGCAAAUGGAUUUCCCGACAGAAGUCGCCAGUGGAGGGAGAAAGCUACCGAAAACGAGCAAGCUUUAUCUCUACAAUCCGAUGGUCGAUGAACAUGGAAUCCUACGUUGUAAGUCAGGAUUGAUCAAGUCCGGUGAUCUGUCGUUCGGUGAAAAAUAUCCGAUAAUCCUCGAUGGGCGGAACUAUUUCACGAAGUUGCUCAUAGCGUGGAUUCACAAAUCAAAAUGUCUCCAUUCACCAGGAAUCACCACCAAUCUUCAUCAUAUCCGUGCGGAAUACCUCAUUCUGAGGGAGCGCUUG